UUAAGAAUGUCAGCCAUCGAAGUUCAGGGGAAGAAAAAAACAAAACAAAGUCAAAUGCGUGGCUUUUGGAGCAUAGACUAGUGACUUGGGUAUCAUUGCUCGUUAGAGUGGCCUUGUGGAAGUUCCGUUAUAAUAUUGUCGGCUAUUAUUGUAAUCCAGUGGCAGUAUUUUGCUACUAGCCUACUGCUCUAAAGUAAUUCUGACAAGUCAGUGCUAUAGUUGAGCAGGAUGUACACAAAUGCCUGUGUUGCAUCGGCGGGCCGAGCGGUGCUUGAGAUGAUGCAGUACGACUGGGAGCCUCUUUCCCACGGAGAGCUUGACCAACGCCUGGACCAAGCAGUCGAGGAGAUCUUGGAAGCCCAGUUGAUGGCCGUGAUCCAGCACCCUUCUCCUGUACUCUUGCAGCUUUCCCGGUCAGAGGAGCCCUUGCUGCAUCUUCAGGCACAAUCGCAAGAUGUAGUGCAUCCACAAGUGGUAUUUCAGUUGACAGACUCGCUUGCUAUUUCAUCCAAUGCAGACGUUGAGCUACAGCGACAGUCCGCUGAAAAAGCAGAGGAAAAUCCAGCAGUUCAGCACAUCAUGGACCUCUUGAAGAACGCCAACACCAGCUAUAAUCGCAGUCGACUUGCCGGGAGAGCACGAUUGUCACUCUCCCACACCGUACUCCUCUCUCUCACCCUGCUUUCCAAACGUCGCAGCUAUCGCUCAGUAUCGACCAGUUUCCGUCUGGAGAAAGGAAAUAUCCAUAGAAUUUUCUUCUCCUUCUGUGACCGCGUCAACGCUCUGGAGGAACAGCAGAUACGAUGGCCGAAAAGUCAAGAGAUGAUGGACAGUCUGCUGCCCUUCUCAAGUCUGUUGGGGGUGAAUGAUGUUGAGCUGGGCAUCCCAAAGGUGUUGGGUGUUUUGGGUCACACUCGCAUCCCUAUUCGCCUGCCCAUUGGCAAGCAGGAUGUAGAGAAGGAGGAGCUGGACCUGAAACAUCUGACCAAAGACGUUCACCCAGACUCUUGGCUGAACCUGGAGUUUGUGUGUGAUAGACAAGGGCGCUUCAUUCACUGCCGGGUCAGCCGAGGAUCAGAACACGACAGGGCAAGUGACCUGAGGAGGAGGAUUCAGAGCAACCGAGGCAUGGUGCCACCAGGGUGCUGCCUGGUUGCAGGCACUGGUUACCCCUUGACGGAUCAGAUUCUCACUCCCUAUUCUGCAGGGCAUGGACCCAGGGAGAACCUCUUCAAUAAGACCCUGGAGAGCCACUUGUGCCGGCUAGAUCAGGCAGUAGAAGAUCUGAAGGCACGCUUCCAAAGACUCAAAUACUUGGACAUGGGGAACUAUGACCGAGCGAAAGCGGUGGUCUUAACCGCAUGCAUUUUGCACAAUGUCUUUUUAGAUAUGGGGGAUAUUGUCAAGGGUCAAUCAGGAAAGGAAAUGGGAGAACAGGAGCAAGACGGAGACAGAGAGGAGGCAGGUUUGAGAUGGAGAGAUACUGUUGCACAACAGUUGUACAGUGCCUUGGACACAGAAAACUUUUGAGCUGAUGAAGUUUCGACCCCAUGUGAUUGGACAUGUAAUGAUGUUUGCUGUGUACCUCCAGUGAGGCAUUGACUGUGUCAUUAGAUAGAUAACCAGAGACUGACAUCAUUACAUUCUUUCAUUCUGUCCACAGGACUAUUUUGCUCAAAUUACAUAUAUUGUUGAAGAUAUACAGUGUGUCCAUCUGGAUUUACCCUGUGUGUUCAGUGAAUGGUGUAUGGAACGCCUAGUGUUAAUAAGUUGUUCACCACCCUGGAGGUGUACAACCAACAACUGUGUAUCUGUGAUAUAAAAUGUCAAUGAGUCAAGAUAAAAAAAAAAAACUUAUCUUGCAAAAAAAUCUUGCACUUGCAAUAUUCUGUGAAUUACUGUAGAUUUGAUCUUUACUCCCAGUGAAAUAAGCAACAAACACUUUAUCUUGAAUUUUUUAUUAAAAGUAUAAUACAGACUUCUUAUUAACAAAUAUAUUUUUUGCUAAACGAGGAUGUCACUGAUAAAUAUGCACACCAGGAUUGUGACCCACAAAAAAAUAUACCAACAAUAGA